GGUGGUGAUCGUAAACCGAUUCAAAUCUCUAAAUCCCAAUUGCACGCCGACGUUACGGAACCAAAAACGCUGACGCCCACAUUUCUGGGCGGACGCACAAGUAUGUUACGAUGGCUCGAUUGCUUUUGCCUAGCGGAAACCAUUCACUAAGGACCGAGCACCAAAUAACCAAUGAAAAGGAAGUGAGUCAAGGACGUACUCGUCUGGGUGAGAGCGUGAGCUGCUGAGAUUUGGGAGUCUGCGCUGGGCCCGCUUGGAGUUCUGAGCCGAUGGAAGAGUUCAGUCAUGUUGGCACCCGCGGUGAUGCGUGCUUUUCGCAAGAACAAGACUCUCCGCUAUGGAGUCCCCAUGUUGAGUCUCACUCUGUCACCAGGCUGGAGUACAAUGGCACAGUCUUGGCUCACUGCAACCUCCACCUCCCGGAUUCAAGUGAUUCUCCUGCCUCAGCCUCCCGAACAGCUGGGACUACAGUUGCUGAUUGUUGGAGGUUCUUUUGGUCUUCGUGAGUUUUCUCAAAUCCGAUAUGAUGCUGUGAAGAGUAAAAUGGAUCCUGAGCUUGAAAAAAAACUGAAAGAGAAUAAAAUAUCUUUAGAGUCGGAAUAUGAGAAAAUAAAAGACUCCAAGUUUGAUGACUGGAAGAAUAUUCGAGGACCCAGGCCUUGGGAAGAUCCUGACCUCCUCCAAGGAAGAAAUCCAGAAAGCCUUAAGACUAAGACAACUUGACUCUGCUGAUUCUUUUUUCCUUUUUUUUUUUUUUUUAAAUAAAAAUGUUAUUAACUGGACUUCCUAAUAUAUACCUCUAUCAAGUGGAAAGGAAAUUCCAGGCCCAUGGAAACUUGGAUAUGGGUAAUUUGAUGACAAAUAAUCUUCAUUAAAGGUCAUGUACAGGUUUUUAUACUUCCCAGCUAUUCCAUCUGUGGAUGAAAGUAACAAUGUUGGCCACAUAUAUUUUACACUUUGAAAUAAAAAAUGUGAAUACUGCUCCAAAAACAGAGUCACGUAUUCCACUCUCCAACUACCCACAUAUUCCUUUUGCAAUAGCCACUAGGGCAUCAUUUUGAUAUUUCAUUCUGAUUUCUGUUUCCUAAUGAGGACAGUAGGUCUGGAUCCAAAUUCUCACAGUAAAAUCAAGCAGUAAUUUUCUCUCAUAUCUAUUAGGGAAAGAAAAAUGAUCACAAUCUGCUAAGAGUCUUGAUUUUCUUUGUAAUGCCUCACAUAGUAUGAUAAUCAGUCUCCAAAGCAUCACAUGAUAAUUACAAUGAUACCAUUAACAUGUCAAGGAAAUUAUUUAUGGUUGUCAAAAAUUAUGAAGUAGUGUAUGAUUAUAAGCAGAUAUGGCAAAUUUGUUCAGUAAAUCCAUAGAUGACUACAUUUUGAGAAAUACUAAUACUAAAAAUUAUGCCUUAGCAUAAUUUGCAUGCAAAAUUGCCCUCUAGUGUUUUUGUUUUGUUUUGAGACAUAGUCUCGCUCCGUUCGCCCAGGCUGGAGUGCAGUGGCACGAUCUCUGCUCACUGCAAGCUCUGCUUCCCGGGUUCACACCAUUCUCCUGCCUCAGCCUCCUGAGUAGCUGGGACUGCAGGCACAUGCUGUCACACCCGGCUAAUUUUUUGUAUUUUUAGUAGAGAUGGGGUUUCACCAUGUUAGCCAGGAUGGUCUCCAUCUCCUGACCUUGUGAUCCGCCCACCUCGGCCUCACAAAUUGCUGGGAUUACAGGUGUGAGCCACCACGCCUGGCUGAAAGUUAGUUGUUUUGAACUCAUUUUCUCCUUUUUACCCCUGUCUUUAUCAGCUUCUACCUUCUGGUUUCAUGCUGAGUUCUAGUUGCCUAAAGUCUCCAUUGAAACACUCCUGUUAUAAUUGCCAUAAAAUCAUAAAUCCACUCCCCCUUUCUCCUCCUAGUCAAAAUUUGUAUUCUUUUCAGCAGGUUGCUUUUAAUAAAAAGUAAAUUAAGUUGA